AGGAAUCCGUUCUCCAUGGGAUGUGUAGCUGGGAGAGUUCGUCGCACCGGGAGAGGAGUCUCUGAGUCUCUCUGAAUAAAGACGCCUAAGGUGCGAAGUGACUAGAUGGGAGCCAAGGCGGAAAACUAGGGAAUGGGAGACAUACACCUCUGUGCUGUUAAAAAGCAGGUUGUGUACUUUGAGAAGAGACUAGCUCAGGGCGACUUGUGUCUUAAGAGUUACCACUGAGUCUCUGAAAGUUGUGUUCAGUUCAGAUGAAGUGGCCUUGUGAAUAGGAAUGCCUGUGCAGAUACCAGAAUUGGAGAUGAUGGAUGAAGAUCGGUUAAUUGAAGAAGCCAUGGACAAAUUUGUUAACUGUCAUGAACAAACAUAUGAAGAAUUUCUGAGCACUUUCCCUCAUCUUUCAAAAGAUAAUGUGACCAAAAGAGGAGCCUUUGGGACCAGUUCUUUAGAAAACACAUUUACUUCAAUAAAAUUUACUCCCAGAAAUGAGCCAAAUGAUCAUCAUCUUAGAAAUAAAGCCAUCUUUCUUCGUUCUUCAUCACAGUGUUCAGAAGAAGAACAGAUAGUGAUGGAUGAAGGCCAAAAAGUUGGCAGUUUCUUUCGAGGUGAUCUGAAUCGGGCAGGGAAGGUGAAGGUAGACAAUUUCCUAGAUUUGGAAGAUUUGGAUGUGGAUGAAGAGAUCAAGCCCCAAAUGAGCCAGGAUUUGCUGCUUCCAGGAGAGGUGGAGGAGAAUGUGAGCACCAGUGUCUCUUCUUACAUUUCUUCUGCGGCCCAGCCUCUUACCCCUGGAGUGAAGCCAAGGGCCGCUGCCACCGCCGCCGCCACCGCCGCCGCCGCCGCCAUAAAAGGAGUAGACAGACAAAGGGAAGAGAUAAUCGGAGAUGAAGUUCAGCCCUUCUCACUUGAUGAAGAGUUUGAUUAUGACGCCGUGGUGCUAACCCCCAAGUUCACUCCUGCAGAGAUAGACGCCGUCAAAGAGCUUUCCAAGCAGAAGAGAAAGAGCACCCUGUGACUGAUCCGCCAGCACAUCUUUGUGUUUGUUUUUAUUUUGUUCUUAUUCAAGCAACAUUAGAAUAAAAGAUAAGCCUACUGUAA